UUUCAGAUUUUUUCAUUCACAAAUAUCCUUACACCCUGAGUCACAGUAGAAAGUCUUUCUACAAGUAUAACCAGAAUGUUUCUUUCAAAACUAGUUAUCACCAAUGCAUUGAUGCUAAUCCUUUUCCUUUUCAUGUAUGAGUCUGAGAGUGCAUCAAAUUCUUACGGUUUACUUAAUGUUGGUGAUGGUGCUAACAUCAAUCCACCAUUUGCUCAUCAGAAAGUGAAUCUGUCUGUGUACUAUAACAGCCUUUGCCAAUCUUGUGCAAAAUUCAUUAUUAAGGAUCUGAAGAAGGUCUUUGACGGCAAUCUCAUCAGCAUUAUGAAUCUUCGGCUAGUCCCUUGGGCCAAUUCUCACUUCAAUAACACCAACAGUUCCAUAUCAUGCCAGAAUGGGCCAGAUGAAUGUGAGCUAAAUUCAUUGGAAUCAUGUGCCCUUAAUCUUUGGGAUAAAGUGGACAUUCAAUAUCAAUUGAUCAACUGCUUUGAGUUUCUGGCAAUUAGUGGAACCAUUAACACAUGGAAGGAAUGUUUAGACCAGUUGGGUUUGCCUAAGGAACUUUUUCUGAAUUGCUUCAACAUGGGAAAUGGGACACAGCUUGGACAAACAUAUAUUAAUGAAAUUUCACACCUUUCUCCAUCUCCUUCAUUUGUACCAUGGGUGGUAGUGAACAAUCAACCUGUUGGAAAAGACUAUGCAAAUUUUACACAUUAUGUUUGCAAGGCUUACAGAGGAGUUGCUGUUCCAGAUGUCUGCAAAUCUCCUUUGAAAUGAAUGCUACUGAGAAAUAAAAUCAGUUAUUUAAUAAUA